AUGAUGGGGAGUGAAGACGAGACGAGUGAAGAAGAGGGUUCACAGAGUGAUGUGGACGAUACAAGUAGCCUCAGUGAGAUCAGUGUCGACAAUGUCAGUGACGAAGAUCAAAUCAGCACUAGCGAUUAUGGUGAUGUCGGUGAAGAGAAAAAUAAUGAUGAAGAUAAGAACACAUACGACAGCGACGAACAGGACGACGAUGAUGAUCCUCAGGACAAAGAGCCAGCAGACAAUUUUGAAGAUGAGGAGGAAGAACAGUCGUCCGAUGAUGAUGACGAUCUUGCACGGCCAACAAGCCAUAGCCUCUUCCUAGAAAGGAAUUACACCCGAGGUCGCUGGUUCAGAGUUUGCGACUGGAAAACUACAGAAUUUUCAGAUGAUUUCUUACAAGCUCCAGGUUUCAGCUACCGAGCAAAUUACGCCUGGUACGGCAAACAAGAUGUUUGUGACCCUGUGUGA